CAAAAAAAACCUAAGCAUGGUUUGAGGAAGUUGACCUUAAGCAGAGUGAAAUUUCAAUUGUAAAAUGGUUCGUAAAUUAAAGUUUCAUGAGCAGAAGCUCUUGAGGAAAGUAGAUUUCAUUAAUUGGGAAGUUGACAACAAUCUACACGAGGUAAAAGUAUUACGGAAGUACCACAUUGAAAAGAGAGAAGACUACACUAAGUACAACAAGCUAAGUCGCAACAUUAGAGAAGUGGCACAAAAAAUACGCGACUUGGAUGAGAAGGAUGGCUUCAGAGCUCAAAGCACCUCUCAGCUCCUGGAAAAACUCUACAGCGUUGGCUUGAUCCCAACCAAACAGAGUCUCUCUCUUGCAAAUGAAGUCAAUGCAUCUUCUUUCUGUAGGCGGCGUCUGCCUUCAGUUAUGCUUAAGCUGCGGAUGGCUCAGAACCUGAAGACUGCCAUCACUUUCAUCGAACAAGGACAUAUUCGUGUUGGGCCAGAGAUCAUCACUGAUCCUGCCUUUAUUGUUACAAGGAAUAUGGAGGACUUUGUGACCUGGGUGGAUUCCUCAAAGAUCAAACAACAUGUCAUGACUUACAAUGAGGAGCGCGAUGACUUUGAUCUUGUGGUUUAAAGUGGGUGGAAUUAAGGGCAGCCCAUCUUCAGAAGAGCCAAAGAAGAAUUCAGGCAAUACUUGGCAGCAUAUGGAAGACAGGCGAGAACACCAUCAUCUGUCAGAACAUUUGUGCUGAUAAAACAUGUAUCUGACCAUGACAUCAAUCUCCAUGCACAUGAAGAAAACACAGCCUUGGUACAUCUGUGAAAUGAGUGGGUUUGUUUGUUUUUGUUUUUAAAGAACUGUACAAUUUGUAAACAAUCUUCCAUUUCCCUACUGUAAAUUUUCUUCCCUUUAAUGCUCCUCUAACAGCUGCCUGCUACAUAAUAUUAAAAUAAACCUCUCUGUUAUUAGUGCCACACAAAAACCUAAAGAAUUGACUAGCAUAAGCUAGUUCUUAGGAACUUUCUGUAAACAUGAGUAGUGCUUUUUAUGCCAUAAUGUAUGUGCCAUAAUACCUGUACAUUUUUUGCAUAGUCUAGUAAGGCCACUUUUUUUGUAAUAUCCUGCAACUUUGGGAAGAGAGGUCAUCCGAAUUUCUAAGGACGUUGUGACAUUCUGAAUUUCACAAGGGAAAACAUUCACAGAACUCUGCUUGCAUGUAACUCUAUCCCCCUGCCCUUCCCUAACAGGACAUUCACACAGCCCUAAAAAUGACUGCACAGUCACAGAAAUUACUGCCUUAAUCAUUAGUCACAGCUCGAGCAGUUUUUAGCCAAAGGGGUGGACUGAGUCUU